GGAGAUAACUGUUAUUUCACGAGGUCUAAGUGUCAUAGUUGAAACCUUGAACCGUCCGUAUAUAUUUGCACACCAUGAUAAUGUUUGACUGAAGUAGACGUUAUUGAAAAAGAAUUUCAUCGAAAUUCCACUUGGAAAGAAUAUGUAGUCAUCGAAGGAUUCCAAUGUCCGGGAUGGGUGUGUCCGUUGAGGAGACAAAAUUACACCCAGAAGUUCUCAAGAAAUCUAACCUCAGCCUCCUUGCCAAUCCUACCAAUGUAGAGCCAACUACCUCAACCCGUCACCGUGGCAACGGGGAUGAAGAACAUCAUCAUCGAGAGGAACAUCUCAUCAAUCAAAAGGUUCCCAACCAUAAUAAAAUCAUCACCUCUCUCAUAGCUGGGGCUGUGGCAGGAGCUGUGGCCAAAACAGUCAUUGCUCCACUCGACAGGACCAAGAUCCAUUUCCAAAUUUCUAAUACACAGUUUUCUGUGAGAGAUGCCUAUGUGUUCCUGUGCAAUACUUGGAAGAAUGAGGGAUUCCUGGCCUUGUGGCGAGGAAACUCAGCGACAAUGGCGAGAAUUAUUCCUUAUGCAGCUAUUCAGUACACAGCCCACGAACAGUACAAACGGUUCUUUAUGUGGAAUUCCAACAGGAAACACCUUCCGCCUGCCAAACGAUUCCUGGUGGGUUCUAUGGCGGGAGUGACAGCUUCUUCAUUGACCUAUCCUUUAGAUCUAGUCCGAGCUAGGAUGGCUGUCACAGCCAAAGACAGAUACCAUAACUUGUUUGAAGUGUUUCUGAAGAUUAAAAAAGAGGAGGGUUUGCGGACGUUGUACCGAGGUUUCGUCCCCACCCUGUACGGCUCUGUGAUCUACUCAGGCCUCGGAUUCUGUACCUACGAAACUCUCAAAAAGUGGCAUGCAGAAUACAACAAAGGAAAGGACCUGACAUUGGGAGAGCGCCUCUGCUUCGGAGCCUGCGCUGGACUUCUGAGUCAAUCAGCAUCCUAUCCUCUGGACAUUAUACGAAGGAGAAUGCAAACUGCAGGUGUAACUGGUCAUUCACACGACUACCGCAGUGUCAGUGAGACAUUUAGACUGGUGGUAAAGGAAGAGGGCUUUCGGCGUGGCUUGUACAAGGGACUCAGCAUAAACUGGGUCAAGGGACCAAUCGCUGUUGGCGUCAGUUUUGCAACUUUUGACGUCACAACGCUAUGGUUACGACGCCGCAAAAUGUUCCACAUAGACGAAUUAGAUGGGGAUUAAGAAUAAUUCAUCAUAUGUUAGGAAUCAAACAAAUUAUAGUGACAUUUUUAACAAGUUUUUACGGAUAUUGUUGUUUGUAUACAGAACAGUAUAUAUGGACCUGUCCCAGUGUGUGGUAGUGAUGGGAAGAUGAUCAGAUGUAAUCGUUUAUAAUUAACUGAUAUGAUAAUCAAUAGUGAUUUGUCAUAAUCCAUAAUUAGCUUCUAAUAAUAUUAGUAUUUUAGUACAUACAAAUUUCUCUUACGUCAAAUCAUACUACUAAAAUGUGAAUUUUGACAAAUUCCAUUCAUAAUAUGCAAAUUCUAUGUAAGUGGGGCAUUUUUGUUAGUGAAAUUUAUAUAACAAAAUGUAGUAUAAAUGUUAUUGAGAAAGUAUAAAUUAGAUUUUCUAGGAUUUUGAUAUGCAGCUAUCUAGUUAUGUAAUUGAUAAUUUCUUUAGCAGGCUUCUCCAAUUAUAACCUAUAAUCAGUGAGGAAUUUAAAAUCAUUUUCCCUCACUAAAGUGUGGCCUUAUGGUGUAUGUGAAGAGUACGGUAGUAUUGUCUCCUAACUAACGUGUAGCCAGUAUGGUGUGAGGUGUACGGUAGCGUUGUCUCCUCACCAAUGUGUGGCCUGUAUGGUGUACGGUAGUAUUGUCUCCUCACUAAAGUGUGGCCUGGAUUGUGUGAGGUAUUCUUGUGUCCUCACCAAUGUGUGGCCUGUAUGGUGUGAGGUGUACAGCAAUCUUGUGUCCUCACCAAUGUGUGGCCUGUAUGGUGUGAGGUGUACGGUAGUGUUGUGCCCUCACCUUUGUGUAGCCUGUAUUGUGUGAGGUGUAGUCUUGUGCCCUCACCAAUGUGUGGCCUGUAUGGUGUGAGGUAGUCUUGUGCCCUCACCAAUGUGUGGCCUGUAUGGUGUGAGGUAGUCUUGUGCCCUCACCAUUGUGUAGCCUGUAUUGUGUGAGGUGUAGUCUUGUGCCCUCACCAAUGUGUGGCCUGUAUGGUGUGAGGUAGUCUUGUGCCCUCACCAAUGUGUGGCCUGUAUGGUGUGAGGUAGUCUUGUGCCCUCACCAAUGUGUGGCCUGUAUGAUGUGAGGUAGUCUUGUGCCCUCACCAAUGUGUGGCCUGUAUGGUGUAAGGUGUAGUCUUGUGCCUUCACCAAUGUGUGGCCUGUAUGGUGUGAGGUGUACAGUAGUGUUGUGCCCUCACCAUUGUGUAGCCUGUAUUGUGUGAGGUGUAGUCUUGUGCCCUCACCAAUGUGUGGCCUGUAUGGUGUAAGGUGUAGUCUUGUGCCCUCACCAAUGUGUGGCCUGUAUGGUGUGAGGUAGUCUUGUGCCCUCACCAAUGUGUGACCUGUAUGUUGUGAGGUAGUCUUGUGCCCUCACCAAUGUGUGACCUGUAUGUUGUGAGGCGUACAUUAGUUUUGUGCCCUCACCAAUGUGUGGCCUGUAUGGUGUGAGGUGUACAGUAGUGUUGUGCCCUCACCAAUGUGUGGCCUGUAUGGUGUAAGGUGUAGUCUUGUGCCCUCACCAAUGUGUGGCCUGUAUGGUGUGAGGUAGUGUUGUGCCCUCACCAAUGUGUGGCUUGUAUGGUGUGAGGUGUACAUCAAUCUUGUGCCCUCACCAAACUGUGGCCUGUAUGGUGUGAGGUGUACAGUAGUUUUGUGCCCUCACCAAUGUGUGGCCUGUAUGGUGUGAGGUGUACAUCAAUCUUGUGCCCUCACCAAAGUGUGGCCUGUAUGGUGUGAGGUGUACAGUAGUUUUGUGCCCUCACCAAUGGGUGGCCUGUAUGGUGUGAGGUGUACCCUAGUCUUGUGCCCUCACCAUUGAAUGGCCUGUAUGGUGUGAGGUGUAUGGUGUGUUCUCUGUCUCGUCCAUCAGCUCUGAAAUCCUAUGUUCUUCUGACAUGUUCAACGCCCAAUCACUGCCUAGUUCAUUUGUCAAUCUAUUAUUGACAUGCGUUUAAACAGACAUAUAAUGAGUUAGCAAAACAAUGGAAUCCAGAGGCUUUUAAGUGGUUUGAUUUGCUUCCAACUUUCCUUUACAUUGGGUUCUAAUACAUCUUUCUGUGAACAACAGAAGUUCACUAUCAUCUGAUUUUACUUGAAUGUUAAUUCUUGUCUGAUUUUGUUGCCACCUUUUGUGAAUUUUAUCACAAGGAGACUUAACACGAACAUACCACAGCCUCCCAAAACACACAUACACACUCACCACACACAUGCAUGCCACAUGCUUAGCUGUUGAUAGGACGCUAAACAAACCAAACGAUAGUUCCAUCAUCAACAUCAAUAAAGUGUCAGUUGUGCUUGUUUUUCAUCCCACAUGACUUGUUUACCAUGUCUACUUUAAUUUUAUCUCAAUCUUUGUUAACAAUACUUUUUACUUUAACCCUUUCCUAUUUGUUACACUCCCAGUGUCGAAAAGAAACAGAUUUCGCUCAAUUUUGUAUCUCAGUUAUUGGGUCAUAAGCAGAAAGAACUACAUUUUCUUUUCUGUCAGAAAUCAGGGUUUUAUUGUUUGUAUAAUGUUAUUUUUUAUUCCCUUUUUCUUUGAUUCCACAUUCUGCAUGGUUAGUAAUUACAAGUUUGAUGAUAUGUCCACUUCUUGGUACAUUAAAAGUCCUUAAAGAUUUUUUAUUCUUCUUCUUUUAUUUCUUGGUCUUUUUUCAUGAUUUUUUUUCUGUGUGAAUGUAGAAAAAUAUGAAAUCCAACAUUUCUGAAUCAUAAUUACCUCCCUUUCCCACCACCAUCAAAAUGAUUCUUUUUGUAAGUGUUGAUUAUUUCUUACAUAUGUGUUCUAAAGGCCUGGGAUGUUGAAUCAGACCUAAGGGUGUAUGCUACCUUAUUAUAAUGCAUUUUUUUGAAGUGUUCCUGGUUAAUGAAAUUGUACAAUGUCUUUAAUGAGCAGAGUUUCUGACUUAGUUCAAUAUUAAUUAUUAAGGUUAGGACAUGGUUUUACAGCUUAUGAGAAUUCACACCACAUUUUAAAGAUAUACAAGAGUUGAUGAGACAUUUGAAAGUUACACAAAAGUUGAUUUUAUGUUCCUUGUUAAAAGAGUCAUCAGUCUCAUUUGGAAGUUGCACAAGACUCAAUGAUAGGUUACACUUAAAAAGAUGCACAUGAAUUGAUGACACAUUUGAAAGAUACACAAGAACUGAUGACACGUUACAUGUAAAAAGAUGCUCGAGAAUUGAUGACACAUUUGAAAGCUACACAACAGACAAGGAAGAAUGUAUGUGACAGCAUGCACGUUAUUGUUAUAAUUAUAUUUUCUAAAAUUUUUGGCAGUUUUAUUAUUUUUUCAUUUGAAUAGGUAUUUAUAAAACGGCUGAUUAUACAACGGAAUCAAUGACAUAUUUGAAUGGUACAUGUAUGUGACAGUAUGCAUAUUGAUUAUAUUGACAUUGAUAGAGAUAUAGGCAGUGUUAUUUUUAUCAUGAUUAUAGAUAUCAACUUAAUGUAAAUACAGAGUAUGCAUAUUUUUAAAAGGGAGAUAACUCAAACAAAAUAUUUAACUUCAAAAAUCUAUUUAAACAUGAAUAGUGUUUCUCUCAGAAAUCAGUUCAGUUAUGAAUUAGAUAAUAGAUAUUUAUGACAUGAAGUGUAGAUUCUUUUUUUCCUGAAGAUCAGAUUGAACUGUAAGUCGUUUUGAUGUUCUCUGUUACUGUGCCUUUAUUAAAAAAAAAGACCAUGAUAUAUAUGCCGCACAGAUAGUUUUGAUCAGUCAGAUUCAUUGUUACACCAGUGAGAGUUGUUUUUAACCAAUCAGAUUCAUUGUUACACCAGUGAGAGUUGUUUUUAACCAAUCAGAUUCAUUGAUACACCAGUGGGUAUAUUAGAAGAAUGAUGAUAUUACAUUUCAUUUAGCUAAUCAAAAAUACUGUUACAAAGGUAUGAAUUAUAGAAUGUAAAAUGACAAUUAGUUUUUAAAUUGAAUAAUUAACUUUUCAUUGUUCGUACGCAGAAUGGGGCAUUCAGAUUGGUUGAGAUUUUUUCCAUACCUCUAUGAAAAUAGAAAUUCCGAAAAUGGCACGAAAAAUGUGACAUCACAAUACGGCCAUUGACAUUGCUUAUUGAUUUCUGAAAAAGAAUCCAUUAUAAAAUCAGUUAAAUUGUACAUAAAACAUGUUUUAAUUUUAAAAACUAAUUCCAGAAAUUAAUCAUAUGCAUUGAUGUCAAAGAAACUAAAAAAAAAAUUGAUAUCAAUGCUUAAUGAAAAAAGAGAAUGAUAAAGUUGUUUUUAAACCAAAUGAAGGAAGUGCUAUUUUUUGAUACUUUACAGUGUUUAGUUGCUUUAGUUUUGGUUAACACCCUUACAGACAUAGUAAAUGAAUACAAAUGUAGCUGAUAUUCAAUGAUUUUCAGAUUCUUUUACUGAAUUUCACACAAUAUUAUAUCUUUGGUCUAAUUGUCCUUAUUUAAGGAAUACAAAUUUUUCAACAUUCAUGAGGUUAUAACAACAUUGGCUUCAGGGCAUAUUCCAUGAUUCAUGAUCAAUUUGUCUAGAAAGCCAAUUAUUAUAACAGUAUGAACAGUACAAUUUAAUUAUAUAUAUACAUGUAUUAUAAGUACAUAUUUUUGGACUGUUGGUUGGGAAUUCAUGCCAAGUACCUGCACAGUGAAUCAGUGUGCUUUGAUUCAGUUUUAUCCAAGAUUUAUUUUGAUUAAAAAAUUGCAUUUGUCUUGUUAUAAUUUGACACUUUUAUUUUUAAAGCCUCAUUCUGUACAUGUACACUUGACCCAUUCCGGUGUCCUUAUAAACUUCAACAACACUCACAAUAUCUAACCGUUAAGUUUGAUUAUCCCUUUCACCACCUACUGACCAUAUUUGACUUCAAAUGAUGAAUGAAUGGCAGAGUCCACUAAAGUUUCUUAGGGUUGAAAGGGUUAAAUUGUCAUCCUCACCACUAAAGUUCUCUCAUCACUGAAAUUUAAAAAGAAGCAGGGUGCAUAUGAUCUUGAAAAGUCCUUUGAUUUUUCUUUGGUCUCUGAAAAGCAUUGAAUUAUUUGGCCCCAGAACACCUGGUAUCCAGCACUGUGAGGAGCAUCAGACUUUGAAAAAACAAAAAAAAAGUCAUCAUUCUGAAUAAAACUCACUGAAAAGAUUUAGUUAAGACCUUGACAUAGCUUUGAAUUUGGAUUGACCAGAUCUGUAUAUUCACAGCAAAAUUCUGUUAUUUGAAUUAAAUGAACAAAUGUGUAAAUGGGUUUUGUUUAAUUGUUAAAGAAUUGUAUAGUCUAUUAUUGUGUAGAAUGAUAACCAGUCUAAUAGGGUUUCUCAUUGUCAAUGGUAAGGGAGAUAACUCUACACUGAUUACACAAUGCAUACAUACCAAAGCCUGUCAUUGCUUAUGUAGUAACUAUACAAGCCUGAUUAUUAUUUUGAUAUAUUUUAAUCAUAGAUUAAGUUAUCUUAUAUUAUGUAAGUAAACCUCUUUAACUAGUAAUCAUCAUUAUACCAAUUAUUUUUCUGCCCUUUUUGCCUGUUAAAUCCGAGUCAAUUGUCACAUACGCCCUCAGAUAACCUCCCAUACACCCUCUCACCCUCUCACACACUUCCUCAUAUACACCUCCAGAAACCCUCGCAUACGUACACCCUCACACACACAUUCACAUACACAUACACCUUCACAUACACCAGCUCACACAUACACAUCCUCUCACACAUACACACCCUUACACCCUCCAACACAAAUCCUCUCGCACACAUUCUCACAUACACCAUCUCAUACAUACACACAUACACACCUCCACAAAGCCUCGCAUAUGUAACCCUCUCACACACAUCCUCACACAAAUGUACACCAGCUCAAACUUGCACACCUUUGCACCAUAUCACAUAUACAUAACAAGACAACGGUAGAUUAAUGUUUAUAUGAAGGUACAUGUACAUUGGUUGAAAUAAAGAAAAAACAUCAAUAUACAAAUCAAAGAAAAAUGAUGAUUGAUAAGUUACACCCUGGGUGAUGUACAAUGGUAAUUAAAAUCAACAGUUUCUAGUCUAUGCACAUGAACAAAAGAUUACAGCAUUGUAUCAUGUAUUUUUUUUAAUAAACAGUUAUACAGUGAU